AUGUCAGCCUUGUCAACGUUCAUGGAAGCUUUGCACCAAGCAUCAAAGGAGACACCUCCAGAAUCAUACGCAUUGCACCAAGGCCAUCGGAACCAUGAGAAGUUGGUCGAUACUAUCCCAGGGUCAUUCACAACGCACAAUGGUCUGGCUCAGGAUCAUAUUUCCGAAGGAAAUGGCGAUAUACGUCCCAGUGCUGCCAUGGCACAAGGCGCCAACAGGGAUGCCCAUGCAACUGAAGGCCAGCAGCAGACGACAUCACAUGCAAUAUCGGUGGUCGAGCCAGUUACAAGACCACCAUUACCAGUCAGAAGCUCCUUGGACGACCUUUUCAGCGAUGUCGAAAGCGAUCAAGAUGGCGGAGAGGAGCUCCACAUGAAGGAGGGUGCUCGAACAUAUGAUCCUAAUGCCCCUACACAAUUUUACGAAGAAUUAGACGCUCAACAAGAAUUUGGAAGUCCUCAGAUCUCACCCGACCACCCUUUUUAUCCGCACCAGCAGCCAUGGCCGAGGAAGGUACAAACGAAAGAUCAGCACCUUGAAGCGCAAACCGUUCUGUCUGAAGAUGACCAGAUUGCACAAUUUAGCGAGAAAGCGUUCCGUAACAUAAUUCGACAGACUGAACCCGGUUUGUCCAAGGAGCAGCAAUACUAUGCCUGGAGAAUUGCGUACCAGAACGCAUAUGGAGAACAAGCAGAUGGUGUGGUAGAUCACGAAGGGUUUGAGGGUAGAGCUCAAAUACUGGAUCAGAAUCCUCCGUAUCAGCUUGGUAUGGAGGCGGUAGGGUGUAUGAAUGACGUACCUCUCUAUACACAUGCCAACGGCAACCAUGCAUUGGACGAGAUUGAGGGCAGGAUAGACCAAUCUCUUUCCAGAGGACAUGAUUCUGCUGAAGCUACAAGGCAAGAGGAAGAGCCUGGAGAACAGCUGGAUGACACACACGCUGUCUCUGAAGGAGUUCGGCCGUCCAAUCCCUUCUCUCCACACCAUGAUAUACCUAGUCCUACGGCUCCAAGGACCGACAGGGCCGCUCGUGAAAAGAUGCUGGAGUCGUCCUUUAGCAAAGCCAUACAAGCGCUAGACAAAGAUACUGCUGAAAGAAUUGCCCGAGAAGGCGAAGUCGACGAGGCUCAUUUACGAAGGUUACGUAAAUUGUCACACCGGCGUUCGUGGGCAUUCGACGAUGGGCACCUUGACAACCAAGAUGACGAGGAGCCGCCCGAAAGCUCUACAACAGCGAGAGGAAGACAAGACUCACCGAGCCCUUCAGCGACCGUUAUCAAGAUUGGUACUGGUCGUGGAAACAGUCCUUCAAAGAUAAAUCCUGAUGAUUCUUUCACCACGGCUUUGGAAUCACCCGAGAAGCAGAGGAGUGAUGGUGAAACCAUGAGGAGUAUUCAAGCAAAAAUGGCCGAGCAUCACAGACAGCUAUACGCACGCCAUCACGACCAAGCAGAUGAUGAAGAAUCAACAGCAAGCCCGAGCAGGCAGAUUCCCGGCCUUUACCACCUCAACCCGCCAUCACCUCUUAUGAGGGGAGACGCCUCGACACCAUCUCAGCUGUUCACACCUCCAUCACCCAAGUCCUCCUCACCCGAUCGCGAUAUCCGCAAAUCCAUCGAGCCAGAAACACCGCGUCAUCUCCUCAACAGAGAAUGCACACCCGCCUUUGAAGAUCGCUCGUGCACUCCUUCUCCACGAACCAUCAUAGCGGACGAUGGAGACGAAGACGCCGACUUGUUCAUGAUCGAUGCUUCGUCCCCCUCAUCUCCCUCCUCUCAACAUCAGAAAGACGCAGGCAACGCAGGGACGCCGGCCCAACCUACCAUAUCCGGCAUGCCUAAUUCCAGGCCGCACCACCCAGAACCAUCACAACAGCAGCAGCAGCAGAGUCAGCCGCCAGAAAACCAGCCACCACAGCCACAAACACCGCCAACCCUCACCCACCGAGCCGGAUCCGCCUCCCCACCCAAACAGCCAUCCAUCCCCAUCCCCACCACCACCAUCACCAGCACACCCACCGGCAAAGCCAGCAAAGCAAGCAAAGCGCGACCAAAACCCCGCCGCAAAUCCGCCGUGCAGGGAAGCGGCAUCAAGAUCGAGAAACCCAAACCCGCAAAGUCGACGCCCAAAUCCCGAAGCGUAACCACCACUACCACUAUUACUUCCUCUCCGGUUCGAAAGAUGACUCUCGCCAAGAAAGACCUGGCGACGGGCAUCAAGGUGAAAGAGGCGGUCGAGAGGAUCGAGGCCAGUGUGCGCGAGACGGGGGAGAAGAAGAUGAAGUCGAAAACGAAAAUGGAAAAGGGAACACCGCCGGCGAGGAGGAGUAGGAGGUUGAUUGAGAAGGGCGAGAGGGCGGGGACGGCUACGCCGGAGCCGGAGAUGGAGCUGGAGCGGGAGCGGGAGCGGAGGCUCGGUUGA